GUGUGAAGUCAUGUGAUGCUUGCCACUUCACAUGACCCCUCUGGCUCCCUAUUUAAACAGGUUCCACCUGCGACUUUGUCUUUCUUGGCGUACUUACCUCCUGCUGAAUUCCUGACGAUCCUCUUCCUGCUCCUUGUGUACUUUGCUGCUCUCCUGGUAUUCUUACCCUGGCUUCCUCCUGACAAUCCUCUGCUGACUCAUUUGCACAAGAUGGCGUCCUCCCAGACUGAAGUGGAACGUGCCAUUGUGACCAUAGUGAAAUGCUUCUUUGACCACGCCGGAGAGGAGGGCAAGAAAGAGACUCUGAGUAUCAGUGAAUUUGUGAGCCUUUCUAGCAAGGAGCUCCCACACCUGAUGAAGGACGUCUCCUUAGAGGAGAAGAUGAAGGAGCUGGAUCUUAAUCUGGACAAUGAGCUGAAGUUUAACGAGUAUUGGCGGCUGAUUGGCGAGCUGAGCAAGCAGAUUAAGAGAGAGAUCAAACCAAAGAAAUAGAGACGUCACCGGGAGGAUGCCGCAGUCGUCCAGGGUGCAGUGCUCACAUGUACAUCCAGUGCACAGUGCUGUCCUUUGUUUCCUAUGACAUUAAAGACUAACCUUAUUAUCCUAUA